ACGCCACAUAUACAUUGCUGAAGAAAAUAAAAAAAAAAACAUUCACAUAGUUUAAGAAAAAUUGAAGAGUGAAAAAAUUGAUUAAAUAUAAAGUUCUGAACAAAGAAAAACACAUAGCAACGGGGUGCCCAAGUUGGUCAUCGAAGCCAACACAAAUCCACAAAAAAAAAUACAGAAAUGCCAGUGAAAAAUGGGGAAUCCGAUGGCGACGUUUCUGGUGCGGAAUCGGAGCGCUCGAAUUCCAGCCAGGCCCACGAUACCUCAGAUGAGGAGGAGGAGGCCAAUGAAUGUGAUUCUGAUGACUCGUCCGAAAUGGAUGCCAGCGAAAUAGAACGACGACGAGCAGAACACAUUGAGGACUUGGUGAGCCUGGAACGGCAGUUUAGUCAGCUACGCGAACAGUACUAUUACGAGCGUAUAAAUCUUAUCGAACGUCAGUUGUCUGAGGUGCGUUCAGGGCGUUCGGAGGAGUAUGUUCAGCCACAAAAGGAAUUGGAUAAGGUCUAUCGCACCCGAAUCGAGGUGGCCGAUGUCUUGCGUAAAUUCCGUUUACAGAAUAUCGAGCAUAAAUAUUUAUCCGAGGAACAAGCGGCAGUGCAACAUUUUGAGAGCGAAAAACAAAUGGCAGUGGACAAUUUACGCGAAGAUUUGCAUGAUCGCAUUCGUCGUCUGGAGGAGGAUCGUCACAAUGUGGACAUCUCGUGGGCAGAUUGGGGUACAGACAAACGACAAAGCAAAGUUCGGGGGCCUGGACGCAAAAAGGCCGUCACUGUCACUGGCCCAUAUGUGGUCUAUAUGCUGCGAGAGGAGGAUAUUAUGGAGGACUGGACCAUCAUACGCAAGGCAUUAAAACGAUCCGCUUCCUCAACGACAACAACAGCUACGUCUGUCGGUGGUACACCCACAACGGGGGGAUUGGGAGUAGGUAUGGGUCUGGGUUUAAGUGUAGCAGCUAUGACUGGUGUUAACGGGUAACGUUGGGGCGUGGCUGCUUGCGCCCCAAUGCGUACCUGAUGGCAGCAAAAGCAAUUAGAAUUCUCCUCCCACACAUGAAAGCAAACACAAAUCUUCAUUUAGAUGUAAUCACACUGUGCUACACAAUUUUCUUCACCCCAAAUGUGAAUGUAGAUAAAUUUAUCCAAGUCUAUGCGAUUUCUUUAUCCUAUAUUACUAUUUCAUUUUUCUCAUCGAAAGAAUUUCACUCUUCUCUCAAUUAAAAUUUGAACUAAACCAACGAAAAAUCACAUUGAAUGAAUCGAAAAUGCUUGUUAAUUCAAUAUGCUAUCAUAUUGUGAAAUCGUUGUCGGUUCCCAAAUAAACAUUGAAAUGUUUAGACACUUUUUGUGUAAUAUUUUUUUUUUUUUUCAUUAUAAUAGUUCAAUGGAAAUCUAUCUUAUUUCUAUUGCAACUAUUAUAAUUAGUCAGUAUCCUAAUGAUUCUAUAUAAAAAUAGUCUAAGGAAGGCAUGGACUAGUUUUGAAAUUAAGAAAUCCAAAUUCAAUUCGAUAUUCACAUCGAUACAUAUGAAAUGUAUAAAAAUUUGCUAUUAUUUGGUUCUAAGUACCAUUUGGGGUAAAAGAAAUUUGUUUCGCAUUGUGUUAUGUGCAUAAGUUUAGUUCUCUUCCUUCCUACCCCUCCCUGAUCGUUUGGCACCCUUCAAAUGUGUAAAUGUAAAUGCAAUUUUAAGGCCAAUUCCCUCAAGGAUGUAAUUUAUAAUAAUCGCUUAAGAGAUAUGUUUAAUAAAAACAGAAAAAAACGACGCUACGUAA